AUGCCAAAACAAACAAAAGCAUUUCUUUUCACAGCCAGGUUCAAUGAGGACAAAAGCAGUAUCAAUCUGCAGACAUUUCCAUCAAAAGAUGAAUAUGUGAAUACCAAUUUGACGAAUUUCAUUUUCAACUGUAGCUACGUGCCAGGCGGCGACGUUCUGAAUGUCACGGGUAAGCAACCAUUCAUACCGACGGAUAUAAAUGCAGCUUCUACAGAAAUACUGAUAUUUAUGGCACUCAAAACAUGUAACUUUUAUGUUUAUGAAGACCAUUUAAUCAACAUCAUUAUCAAUAUACGAUACUUAAUGGCGAGAAAAACAUCUCAGCUUAUAUGCCGUUAUAAAUGCAGUUAA